GGCGAAACUGAAGACCCUUCCGUGUAGAAACGACUCGCAUUACAAGUUUUUUUGUUUUUGUUUUGUCUCUUUAAACUCCGCCUAUCCAACCAACAUAAUUUUUGGGUAUCGGAGAGAACCAGCCAUAAGUCGUUGAUCUCUGCCCGGUUUCGUCUCUAAGUUGCCAAAUUGACCCGACAUCGACCUAACUCAUUGCAUCACUCCACCAGACCGCCCACGCGAUCACCAAGCGCACACAAGCCGCUUCUCAACUUUUACCCGCCGAAUAGCCUCGAAUAGCCUUCCCUGUACCUUUUCAAAUUUACCACCCUCCCCGUAAUUACAACCUCACCUCACCAUGGCUGACGCGCCAAAUGCGAAUGAUGAGCUUUAUCCUAUCGCCGUGCUCAUAGAUGAAUUAAAGCAUGACGACGUCCUACUUCGAUUGAAUGCCAUCCAUCGUCUCUCGACAAUCGCGCUCGCCCUAGGUCCCGAGCGCACUCGUGACGAACUCAUUCCCUUUUUAGAUGAGUCGGUCGAAGACGAAGAUGAAGUUCUCGUAGCCUUGAGCGAGGAGCUGGGCAGCUUCAUCGAAUACGUAGGCGGGCCACAAUACGGCCACGUCCUCCUCUCCCCCCUCGAGAACCUCGCAGCUAUCGAAGAGCCCGUCGUCCGUGACAAGGCCGUCGAAUCUCUCAACAAGAUCUGCACCGAGCUAUCCUCCCAGCAGGUUGAAGAGUACUUCAUUCCUCUCACCAUCCGACUUUCCAAGGCAGACUGGUUCACCUCUAAGGUGUCCGGUUGCGGUCUUUACACAGCUCCUUACGGAAAGGUGUCUCCUCCCGUCCAGGAACAACUCCGCCAACAAUUCGGCCACCUAGUACACGAUGAAACCCCCAUGGUGCGAAGACAAUCUGCCACCAACAUGGCUAAGUUUGUGAAGGAGAUGCCCGCGGCUAUCGUCGUGGAGGAGAUGAUACCUCUUUUCCAACAUCUCGCGCAGGAUGAUCAGGACAGUGUGCGCUUAUUGACGGUGGAGAUUCUAAUUUCUAUCGCCGAGGUUGUACCCAAGGAGCAACAGAGCAGCCACGGUGUUUUGCUCACUUCGUUACGAAACUUGAUAGAAGACAAGAGCUGGAGGGUUCGAUACAUGAUUGCCGAUAGGUUUGAAAAGAUUGCGAAGGCUGUAGACGAAGAGGUUGUUGCUCGAGACCUAGUGCCUGCGUUCGUCAAGCUGCUUAAGGAUAACGAAGCGGAAGUCAGGACUGCUAUCGCCGGUCAGAUCCCCGGCUUUUGCACUUUGGUCGACAGGAAUACGCUACUUAAUGAUAUCAUGAGCUCCAUCGAAGACUUGGUAUCCGACACAUCACAGCACGUCCGUGCUGCUCUAGGCACGCAGAUCAGCGGUCUGGCCCCGAUCUUGGGUAAACAAGAAACCAUUGAUCACCUGCUUCCCAUGUUUUUGCAGAUGUUGAAGGAUGAAUUCCCCGAAGUUCGAUUACAUAUCAUCUCAAAACUUGAGCUCGUCAACCAGGUCAUCGGCAUCGAUCUACUCUCCCAGUCUCUUCUGCCCGCAAUCGUGCAGCUUGCCGAAGACAAGCAAUGGAGAGUGCGACUUGCUAUUAUCGAGUAUAUCCCGCUCCUUGCCAGCCAGCUCGGCGUUAAAUUCUUCGACGAGAAAUUGAGUUCUCUGUGCAUGGGCUGGUUGGGAGAUACCGUCUUCUCGAUCCGAGAGGCUGCCACGCACAACCUGAAGAAGCUUACGGAAGUCUUCGGUGUGGAGUGGGCCAGCGAAGCUAUCAUUCCGAAGGUGAUGGCUAUGGGCUCUCACCCCAACUAUCUAUAUCGGAUGACGACUUGCUUCGCUAUCUCGACUCUAGCGACCGUCGUCAGCCUGGAUGUGAUCGGAAAAUCUAUCCUGCCUAUGCUGGAGAAGCUUGUGGAGGAUGACAUCCCUAACAUCCGCUUUAACGUGGCAAAGACAUACGCCGUCCUCAUCGACGUGUUAAAACGACUUCCCGAAGAGGGUACCGUCUACACUCUGGAAAAGGCCGGAACGACGAAUACUACGCCGUCUCCUCGGACAACGGAACUCAUACAGCAGCGCAUCCUCCCGAGCCUGGAGAAGCUACAGAAGGACGAUGACGUGGACGUGCGCUACUUUGCGACGACCGCAGUAGCAGGUAUUCCCGGAAUGGGUGGAGAACCUAUGAACACAUCGCCGUAGAUGAAAGACCAUAAGAGAAUUCUUCCAACAUGCAACCAUGUACUAGAGUGUCCUAGUU